AGGAGGCGUGAUCGAUUCCGGUUUUUACCCGCAGAGUUCCUUACAUCUCUGUGAAAUUAUGAAUAAUGACCACGUUAAUGAGUGCAGAUGUAUUUGUUGUCUUCCUGUCUCUCAUCUGCACGAUAGCGAAUGCAGGUUUAAUCAAGCCAAAUGUCCUGUUCAUUGUUGUUGAUGAUUUGCGACCAGCCCUAGGUUGCUAUGGCAACAGUUUGAUGGUCACACCUAACAUUGACAACCUGGCUAGUAAAUCAGUGUUGUUUAAUAACACUUUUGUUCAGCAAGCUCUGUGUGGGCCUAGUCGGACAUCUUUCCUCACCAGCCGACGCCCUGACACCACCCACCUGUACGACUUCUACUCCUACUGGCGUAAGGCAGCUGGCAACUUCACAACGCUGCCACAGCACUUCAAGCAGAAUGGCUACUUCACACAGUCAGUCGGCAAAGUGUUCCAUCCAGGUGUGUCAUCUGGCCACACAGACGACUACCCCUACAGCUGGUCUGUACCGGCCUACCAUCCCCCAACACAAGCAUACAAGAUGGCCAAGGUAUGUCCUGGACCCAAGGGCAACGUGUACAUGGACAUAGUGUGUCCUGUGACUGUCAAGGACCAGCCUGGAGGAUCUCUGCCAGACAUACAGAGUCGGGAAUUUGCUGUCAACUUUCUCAAAAACAUGUCAGCCAAUCACAGCCAGCCCUUCUUCCUGGCAGUGGGCUUCCAUAAGCCCCACAUACCACUCAAAUACCCGAAGGAGUUCAGGGAUCUGUACCCUCUAAACAAGAUCCACCUGGCCCGCCAUCACACGUUUCCCCUACGGCUCCCCCUGGUGGCAUGGAACCCGUGGACGGACCUGAGAGAGAGGGAUGACGUAAAGAGUCUCAACCUCAGCUUCCCAUUCGGACCUGUCACCAAGGACUAUCAGCUGUUGAUGCGGCAGAGCUACUACGCUGCCACCAGCUACAUGGACAGCCAGGUGGGACUGCUGCUUGAUGCUCUGCACACACACGGCUUCUCCAACAACACCAUCGUGGUUCUUGUCGGGGACCAUGGUUGGUCCCUCGGUGAGCACCAGGAAUGGUCCAAGUACAGUAACUUCGAGGUGUCAGUCCGAGUGCCACUCAUUAUACAUGUUCCAGGGCUUACCGACAAACACACAGACACGACCUUCCAGUAUCAAGAUCCUUUAAAACAGGUUCACAUCAAAAAUCAAAAUCACAACGGAUCAAAUCUUGUUCAAACACAGCGUAAAAAAAUUGAUUCACAGAAAAAUUACGUCAAGGAAUAUAAUGUCAUCAGAUCUAAAGAAUUUUCACAGAAGAAAUACAAUGUUUCCAAUGACUUGAUUGAGCUAGUGGACCUGUUUCCGACAAUAUCGGAACUGGCCGGACUGCCCGUGCCAUCAACAUGUCCGCCAAAUCCCUUCAAGAUUGACCUCUGUACAGAGGGAUCUAGUGCUGCUAAGAUAAUCAAAAAGAUAUAUCACACUGAUUCAUCCAGACAGAAAACCGGACUGUCAUGGAAGAGUGCAGUGUUCAGUCAGUACCCGCGUCCGUCAGUGGAGCCGCAAGAAAACAGUGACAAGCCCCAUCUGAAGGACAUACGCAUCAUGGGGUACACGAUGAGGACCCAGCAGUAUCGAUACACUGAGUGGGUCCAGUUCAAUCCUGCAACGUUCCACAUGAACUGGUCUCAAGUGUAUGGGACAGAACUGUAUUUCCGGGACUCAGACCCAGAUGAGGCUGACAAUAUGGCCUACUUUUCCUCUUAUGCUGAGCUGAGAUCAAGUCUGUCUCGGGUCCUGCAUGAAGGUUGGAGAAGUGUGUUACCAACAUGAUAUUGUACUCAUUUGUUGUAUUUAUGAGAGACCAAAUUUUCAAAAAAUAAUACUUUUGCUGAAAUCAAACCCGGGUCUUUGGUUUGACAAACGAAUGCAUUAACCACUAGGCUACUAGGCUACCAUGCUGCCCCUGUUUAUAGAAAUGAUAAAUGUCAGUACAAGAGAAUAAUUAGUCUUGAUUAUCAGCCCAAAUAAUUGG